AUGGGCACGGUUGCACCUCACCCGUGCGGACCUGGCAAAUUUUCAGAACCUGGAUCUACCUCCUGCUCUUCCUGCCUUGUUGGGCAUUUUUGUGCAGACAUGAAUACCAGCCGGGAGAUAAUGUUGGAUCGGAUGGUGUGCCCAGCUGGUUUGCUUUGCCCUGGAGGCCUGGCAGCUGUUCCCAACGCUGAAGAGCACGCUUGUUCGAGAGGCUACUACUGCCCACCAGGCAACAUGUAUCCGCACGCAAAGCCGUGUCCUAAUGGGACCUAUGGAGAUCAAAGGGGGUUAAGCAAAGCAGAACAAUGCUUGCUAUGUCCUAGGGGCAAGUAUUGUUAUGAAGAAGGACAAGAACCCCAAGGAAUAUCCCAAAUUGGGUUUUAUUGUCCUCCUGGUAGUGCACAGACGGAGGCUUGUCCAGAAGGAACUUAUGGGAUCAGGAAGGGGUUGAGAAGCCUUCAGGAAUGCAUCCCCUGUAGAGCAGGGUUUUUCUGUGCCAUUCCAGGGCAGACUGCCCCGAGCGGCCGGUGUGAGGCUGGGUUUUAUUGCUGGAGAAGAGCAGUGUCUUCGGUGCCUACCGAUGGAGUCACUGGGAACAUUUGUCCACCAGGCACCUAUUGCCCCAUUGGAUCAUCUGCCCCCAUCCUCUGCCCUGCAGGAACCUACAGUAACACCAGCGGGUUGAGAUAUCAGAAGCAAUGCUUGGACUGCCCACCUGGGCUUUACUGUGAUGGAACAAAUACCAUAGCUCCAAGUGGGCCAUGCAAACCUGGUUAUUUCUGCACCGGCUCUGCCAGAACCGCUACCCAGAUGAUGGUCAAAGAAGGGCAUUAUGCCCUAGAAGGGGCUUUUCAACCUGAAGCGUGUCCUCCCGGGACUUUUCAGCCGAGCCUGGCUCAAUCCGCCUGCAGAGAAUGCCCAGCUGGCAUGUUUUGCAAUCACACUGGUCUGGUGGAACCAUUGGCUUGUCCCAAAGGGCAUUACUGUCCAACUCGAAGCAUCCUGCCUCUUCUUUGUCCGGUGGGCACUUAUUCAGAUACUUUACAUGGCACUGGUCCAGGAUCCUGUAAACAAUGCCCAGCGGGCAUGUACUGUAGCAAGCUUGGCUUGGUGGCACCUGAAGGACUUUGCCAGUCAGGUUAUUAUUGCUUCCAAGGAUCUACAAAUGCCUCUCCAACCGGACCUCCCUUUGGGGGUCUAUGUCCUGCUGGGCAUUACUGUCCAGCUGGCACCAAAGACCCCAGGGAAAUGCCCUGCCCAGUUGGGACAUGGAAUGAACAGAAAGGAGGCCGAGAUUCCACCUGGUGUCGACUAUGCCCACCUGGAUAUUUCUGUAGCAGCCCCGGACGUAUCUCCCCUACAGGGCCUUGUGCUCCAGGGUUUUACUGCAGGGGUGGCACACGUGCCGCAAGACCAAUGGACAGAGUAACCGGAGACUUGUGUCCUGAAGGUCACUUCUGCCCUGUAGGGUCAGCCAUGCCAUCUCCAUGCCAAGAUGGGGAAUACAGUGCAAUAACAGGCCAAGAUGAAUGUUUCCCCUGCCCAGCUGGUCUUUAUUGUAAAAACGGUGUAAGAUAUCAAUGCCCACCUGGAUUUUACUGCCCACCAAGGACUGGGGUCUCCUAUUAUCCCUGCCCCCCUGGGACUUACAAUCCAUCUGCUGGCAUUGACCAAGCUCAGAGAUGCCAGCAAUGCCCUUCAGGGAUGUUUUGUGGAGAAUCAGGAUUAUCUUCUCCCAGUGGUCCCUGUUUGCCAGGAUUCUUCUGUAGUACAGGCUCCAGUGUCCCAAAUCCUGAUGGAAUCACGAAUAUUAGUGCUGGAGGCCCAUGUCCAGUGGGGCACUUUUGCCCAGCAGGCACUAGAAUCCCUCUGCCAUGUCCGGCAGGUACUUUUUCAGACAGACUGUAUCUUUCUCUUGAGACCAGCUGCAUUGCAUGUCCACCUGGAUACUAUUGCUCCUCUGUUGGCCUCUCGGCAGCCUCUGGACCCUGCUUGGCUGGCUACUACUGCCUACCUGGAGCCACUACACCUACCCCAGCAGGAUUUCCAGAACAGGGAGGAUUUUGUCCUGUGGGUCACUAUUGUCCAGAGGGAACCAGCCACCCUCUUCCCUGCCUUGCAGGAACUUACAAUAAUCUCACCACACAGUCUGUUUGCUCCUUUUGUCCAGCUGGUUACUACUGCCCUGAAAACACCACCAGCUAUGAUGGUUUCCCAUGUCCUCCUGGCUUUUAUUGUCCUGAAGGAACCAGAUAUGCCAUCCAGUUUCCAUGCCCUAGGGGCUAUUAUAAUCCAGACCCCAUGGCACAAAGCUUGGACAGCUGCUUACCCUGCCUUCCAGGACACUACUGUGGGAAGGAAAACUUAACUACGGUUUCAGGGAAGUGUGAUGCAGGCUGGUUCUGCAUUUCAGCUGCUUGGACCCCUCAGCCCUUCGAUCUUGAUAAUUACACCAAUGGCAACUGUCUCUGUCCAGCGACAGCCACAGGGGCAAAAUGUUCUCCUGGGUCCUACUGUCCAGAAGGGAGCCUUGAGCCCAUUCCGUGCCCACCAGGACUUUACUGUAAUGCACCAGGUUUAUCAGCUCCAAGUGGUGAAUGCGCUGCUGGGUUUCACUGCAUUGGAGGGUCAACUUCUCCCAAGCCACUUGAUGGGAUUACCGGCAACAUCUGUCCUCCAGGGACAUAUUGCCCUGUGGGGUCUAUGGCCCCCAGCCUCUGUCCACCAGGAACCUUCUCAAAUCGAUUUGGCCAAAGUAUGGCCUCUGACUGCCAACUCUGCCCUUCUGGGUUUUACUGUGAAGGUUCUGGACUGACAAUCCCCACUGGAGAAUGCAAGGAAGGUUAUUACUGUGACAGUCAGGAAGGACCUGUCAGCAAUUAUACCCUCUAUCCUUGCCCGCAAGGAUUUUACUGCCCCCCAGGGACACAGUGGUCCUCACAGUACAGCUGCCCCCUGGGGACCUUUGGAGCCAAACCAAGGUUAACAAAUAUUCUCGAGUGUCAAAACUGCCCACCAGGAAAAUACUGCUCAUCUCCCGGAUUGGCAGGACCAACAGGUGAUUGCGCUGCAGGGUUUUGGUGCAAAGGUGGAGCUCAAGUUCCAAAUCCAACUGAUAGAGUAUCUGGACAGCCUUGUCCUGCUGGGCACUAUUGCCUUUCAGGAACUCUCAUUCCAUUGACCUGCCCAGAUGGAACGUGGUCUGGAGAUGAUGGGAACCCAGAUCUCCAGAGUUGCAAGUCUUGCCCUGGAGGUUACUACUGCAAUAGCACUGGCCUUGUGUCCCCGUCUGGUCACUGUGAUGCAGGGUUUUAUUGCAUUGCAAGAUCGACCAAUCCGAGACCCACUGAUGGGAUUUCAGGUGCCCCCUGUCCUGUAGGUCACUACUGUCCCUCAGGCAGCGAAGCCCCAACUCCUUGUCUUCCGGGCACCUACAUGGCAGAGACCCAUGGAAAAGAACGGUGUCCCUCGUGUCCAGAAGGGAAGUACUGUAUACCUGGUCAUUUGCCACGGUUAUGUCCCAAAGGUUUUUACUGCCCAGAAGGAACAGGCUUGGACUGGAUGCCUUGCCCUCCAGGGACCUACAACCCUAUCCAAGGGAGAAGAAGCUCGGUUGAAUGCCAAGUUUGUGAUGGUGGAAAAUUCUGCCUGUACCAGAAUGCAACAGAUGUCACGGGAGAAUGCUGGGAAGGAUUUUACUGCACUCAAGGCUCAGAUCGUCCCAACCCUAACGCCCAACUCAAUGUUCAGGCCGGCCCAUGCCCUUCUGGCUAUUACUGUCCAAGGGGUACCGUUAUUCCCAAUCCUUGUCCGGUGGGAACAUUUGCUGCUGGAUCAAGGUUACAUUCAGAGGUCGAAUGCUCCCCUUGUCUGCCAGGCCACUUCUGCAAUACUUCGGGGUUGGCAGCCCCCACUGGACCAUGUCAAGAAGGGUUCUUCUGUAUCUUGGGCUCAAUGCUGCCCAGCCCACCGACCACAAGCCAGAGUGGAGGUCCUUGUCCCCAAGGGUAUUUUUGCCCUCAGGGCACAGCUAAUCCAUUGCCUUGCCCAGCGGGAUCGUAUAACGAUUUGGAGAAGCAAGCCAGCUGCCUUCUCUGCCCCGAUGGGUACUUUUGUCUUCAAAAUUCCUCCUCCUUGGUCAACAGCAAAUGUCCAGUUGGGCAUUAUUGUCCUCCUGGCACAAGGUCCGAAAAUCAGUUUCCAUGUCCUCAAGGGACUUACAGCCCCAAUGUAGGAAUCAGUAAUAUCGCUCUGUGCCUACUAUGUACACCAGGUCAUUAUUGUGGCUUCUCAGGUCAAGCCCAGGUCACCGGUCCUUGUUCAGCAGGCUAUUACUGCCUGGCAGGUGCUUCUAUCCCAACCCCAAUGAAAGAUCUGCUCGGGAAUAUAUGUCCCAGAGGUCAUUACUGUCCAAAAGGAUCUGCCACCCCCCAACCCUGCCCCCUUGGGUUCUACAGCAACUCUACAGGAAAUACCAAGUUGGAAGACUGCCUCCUGUGUCGUGCAGGAUAUUUCUGUGAUGGGACAGGGCUUGUAUCUCCUGCUGGUCUUUGUGACUCGGGAUUUUAUUGCAGCGGAGGAGCUGUUUCUCCAAGACCUGAUCUGGUUACAAGCAAAGGUGGUCGGUGCCCACCUGGCCAUUAUUGUAUGAUGGGGAGUGGCAGACCACAGCCAUGUCCAGCAGGAAACUACAAUCCCUUCUGGGGAAUGGAUCAAUGUUUAGAUUGUCCAGAAGGGGCUUAUUGUGAUAUCGGUUCUGCCAACUACACCCACUGCCCUGCUGGUCAUUACUGCCCAAAGAACACCAAGUUUCCUACCCAGUUCCCUUGUCCUAGAGGGACCUACAGUGAAAUUUUGAGUAUCAGGACGGUGGCUGAAUGCCAGCCCUGCCCCUCUGGAAAAUUUUGCUCCAAGCCCGGUUUGAUCAGCCCAGAUGGCAUCUGCAUGGCAGGAUGGUAUUGCCCACUUGGGUCAACGACAGGCAAGCCAAUAUCUACAGGAAAUCAUUCUGAAGCAGACUUAAUUCGAAGGUGUCAAGCAGGGUCAUUCUGUCCAGAAGCUUCUUCUGUUCCCAUUCUUUGUAGUCCAGGUUUUUACUGUGCAUCUUCUGAAUUGGCUGCUCCAUCGGGCCCAUGUGAUCCCGGCGUCUACUGUACUGGAGGCUCUACUCUACCCAAUCCAACUGAUGGGAUAAUGGGAGAUGUUUGCCCUCAAGGCUAUUUCUGUCCUCAGGGGACUUCUUCCCCAAUUCCUUGCCCAGCAGGUUCUUUCUUAGCCCACCAAGGUGGCCGGUCAAUCCAGGAUUGUCAUCUCUGCCUAGCAGGCUGGUUCUGUUCGCUCCGGGGCCAAACCUUUCCAGAGAAUUUGUGUUCGGAAGGCUGGUUCUGCCCAGAGGGAUCGAUAUUUGACCGAAAUCCAGAUCAUCUUUGUCCUCUUGGUCACUAUUGUCCCAAAGGGAGCGCAGAACCUCAGCCGUGUCCUCCUGGUAAAUACCAAGAUGAAGCGGGCCAAAGUCUGUGCAAAAUCUGCCCUGCAGGAAAGUUCUGUGAUUCCAGUUUCCAAACACGAGAUCCCAGAAAUUCCAGAAGGGCUUCUCCAGGAGUGAUCAACCCCAUGGACUGUCUGCCUGGAUACUACUGUCUGACAGGAACAAAAAUGGCUAAGCAAUACCCUUGUCCUGCUGGGACCUUCAGUAACCAGACCAGUCUGAGCAGCUUCAGGGAAUGUGAGCCGUGUCCUGGGGGCAAAUUCUGCGCAAGGCCAGGUUUAGUGACUCCGAGUGGUCCUUGUUUGCCUGGAUACUACUGCAUUCUGAAGUCCUGGAGACCUAAUCCUGUUCAAGACGAAACUGGAAGUUUAUGCCCUGCAGGGCAUUUUUGUCCUUUGAGUAGCAACAACCCCAUCCCGUGCCCCACAGGAACAUUUCUCCCCUUACCUGGCAUGUUGUCUCUGAACGCCUGUUUGCCCUGUCCUGGGGGAAGCUUCUGCCAAGGAGAAGGGCUGGCUGCGAUUUCUGGGACGUGUCAGGCUGGUUUCUAUUGUGACUUAUGCUCUUCACGUCCCGAUCAAAACCUCUGCCCCCCUGGAUCCUACUGUCCCCAAGGCACUGGGACCCCUAUUCCAUGCAUGCCAGGGACUGUCAAUCCCCAUAGUGGAAAAUGGGAUGUCACAGACUGCAAACUGUGUCCAGCUGGGAAUUUCUGCAGUGGGGCAGGAAAGACUGCUCCAGAAGGGAGAUGCUCUCCUGGCUACUACUGCCCGCCUGGUCAAUUGUCUUCUACUCCAUCUUCCCACCGGUGCCCACGUGGAUUUUAUUGCCUCGAGGGUUCUGUGGAUCCAGUCGCUUGUGAAAAGGGAACCUACCAAUCGGAAGAAGGGAAGGCAUCCUGCAAUCCCUGUCCCGCCCGAUUCUUUUGUGAGCCCACCAACAACAGUGAUGGCAUCCCAGGUCCUAAGCUCUGUUUUAUGGGAUAUUUUUGCCCACCUGGUACUGCUUCUAGCAGGGAACAUCCAUGCCAUAGAGGUACCUAUGGACCCAAGGCUGGUGCAGCUGAUGAAACUGAAUGUGAAUCCUGCCCAGCAGCCAACUGGACUUUGCCACGAAGGCUACUACUGCAGCAAAGGGGCAGUCAGCUCAACUCCCAUUAGGCACAGAGUGGAUUCUGCCAGCAUGUUGACAGGGAAUGACAUCUGUCCCAAAGGACAUUUCUGCCCACCUGGCACUGGGUUUCCCAUCCCUUGCC